UAGGAGUUGACCAAAGUUGACGGAAAAUUACGCGAAAAAAUCAGUACGAGUGGCGCGUCUCGUUUUUACCGGGCACGUUUGCCGUACGGAACUCGAGGAUCUCGCGGUGGAAUCGAGACGUUUUCUAAGCUUAAGGCGAUGGUACGAUGACCGCUCUUGGGUUUCUUGUGUACGCAUUCGUCGUAGUGGCAAGCUCAUUCGCGUACAACAAUGAUGACGAAUGCAUCUUUCCUUUUUUCGAUAGAGCUCAUAUAACAGCGACUUCCUUGCCCGAAAGAGGACCGUACAAUGCUAGGCUACAUGGAGAUUCCGCGUGGUCAUCAGAACUUAGCAGUUACAGUCAACAUCUUACUAUGGAGCUGGGGGACAUAUAUGAGAUACGCAGCAUUUUUACGUAGAUAAUUAUGAGACGAAG